AAAGAAAGCUAUAUACAUAUACAUUCGCUAUCUCUUUCUUUUAACCUAGCUUUGUCAGAUGUGCUUAUAUAUAUGCAACAAGAAGUGUAAAUAUAAAGCAUUUAUAAAACUUGUAAAACUUGUAAAAAUGGGUGGAUGUGCAGCACCAUUUUGUAAUAAUUCCUCGACAAAAGGUUAUAUCAAUGAAAAUAUUUCCACGAGAUCCAAUACGCCGGGCUAUUUGGGUACAAAAUGUACCUCGAGAAAAUUGGAUACCAACAAAUAAUUGUUUUCUUUGCGAGGUUCAUUUUGCCCCAGAAAUGUGGAAACUUGGCCGCAAACGGAAAUUAAAACGAGAUGCAGUACCAACGAUUAUUGGGUUUUUCAUGAAGAAGCAAGUAAUGAAAGACCUGGAAGAUGAUAAUGGUACUGUUAAUAAAAUAACCAAUGACACACAAGUGAAGAUACAAAUGGACAAGCAGCUAAUGACGUUACAAAUGAAGAGGUUGAUAUGGAAAAUGUUAUUAUAAAUGAUGUUUUGGAGUCUACAUCUAAUGACAUUGAAACUGAAGAGAUUAAUAUGGAAAACGAUUUCUUAAAUAUUUAUCAAGCCAGAAACAAGAAAAAAACAUCUACUGGUAAGAAAAUGUCUAAAACUAUUGCGAUUUCUCCUUUUAAUAAAAAUGUAAUAGCAAAAAUGUCGAAUUUAGAAUUAAUGAUUUACAACAAUGAUAAGAU